AUGCUAUCCUCACUAAUCCGCAAGGCGGCUCCUUCCAGCCCGAAGAUCAACGACAAGGGCCGUGGGGAGAGAUCCGAGACGAGUAAACCGCGAUCGCUGCUGACAGCAGCAGCGUUGUCCAAAAAGGCUGACUCUUUGACCUCCAGACCGUCUCUACUAAACAAGAUGUCGGCAGAAAGCAUCAAGGGGAACCGUCCACACUCGUCGAGCGUCUCCAACAACAAGAACACGGCUCUCUCGCGCUCUGCAUCGUCAUCUUUUGACCGUCUGGACAGCCUUGCAGCUCUUGAGCCUGUGGAGGAGCCUGGAAAACUGAUGAUUGGCCAGGAUUACGUUACCUUGGCAAGCAAACCCAUCUUUGAAGGUGCCAACGGCACCAUAUUCAAAGGCUCUGAUGCGAAGGGUACUGUUGUCGUCGUCAUUAAGACAGUGAAGUUUCAGAAAAGCCAGUCUCUGGAAAGUUACAAGGCCUCUGUCUUUCGUGAGUACGAUAACUUGAAGAAAUGCUUUGCGUGUAAACUGGUUGUUGACGUUUUGGACGUGGCACGUAACCCUUCAUCGGAAGAGUUAUCUUUGAUUAUACCCUAUUAUGCACAUGGUGACUUGUUGGACUACUUGUGUACGCUAAGGUCGAAAAAUGUGGAGGUAUCGCUGAAUCUCAAGGACGCUAUUUUCAAGCAAAUGGUGAAGGCUGUAGACUUCUUGCACCGCCACAAUAUCGCUCAUCGUGAUAUCAAGCCUGAAAACUUCCUCAUAGACUCCAAGGGUAUUCUCAAACUUAAUGAUUUUGGUUACUCUAUUGAUCUAACAAAAACACAUGAGCAUGCAGCCCUAACAGAUCUAUGGUGUGGUACGACCUCUUUCAAGGCUCCUGAAUUAUUUCAAUUUGAAAAGGAUGAGAAGGAAGGUAUAGAUAUCAAUGUUGAGAGUAUAAACUUCAAGGCGCUUGAUAUUUGGGCACUUGGUGUUGUAUACUUCCAGGUUUUCCUCAUGACGAUGCCUUGGCCAAGUGCAAACAUUGUAACUGAUGAGAAAAAUCGUACAAUGGAGAGGUAUAUCAAGCGCUAUCCCGAAAACGAGAAAAAUUUGACUGCUUUGGUGGACAAACUCAAUGACCGUAACUACAGUGAUUCUCUGAACCCGUCAAUGUCGUUAUUCAAGAAGCUUCACUACGAUGCUCGAAUCAAUAUCCUUCGAGCAUUGCACCCAGUACCUGAGAAGCGAUGUUCUUGUCUGAGUCUAUUGGAGACACAGUGGCUCACCCAAGUCUAUGCUCUGACAAAAGACUUGAUUGACCUCAUACCGCGAUAG